GAGAGAGAGAGAGAGAGAGAGAGAGAGAGAGAGAACACCCACGUCCUCCCAGCUCCUCCCAGGUCCUCCCACCUCCCCGUCACCCUGCUGGAUUUACUUUGACCUUCAUAUUUGGGGAAAGUCUUCCUCCACGAUGCUCUGGGGCCUUGGACUCGUGUUGUUCUUCGCUUCACUCGCUCCAUGCGCCGCUGGAAUUAAAGAGAAUGACGCGAGGCUGCGCCCGGGAGUCCCGGCGGACGCCGGCGCCUCCACGCGCCUGGUGGAACUCUUGACGGCGUCGACGUACGCCCAAAGUUCGGGUUCUGACGUCGGAAAACCUCGAGCCAAGAGGUCAGUGUUCAUUCACCCCGGAGUGAAGAUCUGUCCUGAAGAGAGCGUCAGUGAAGUGCUCGCCAGCCACCAGGCGUACUACCAGCUCAGAGUUUGUCAGGAGGCGGUGUGGGAGGCGUUCAGGAUCUUCUUGGACAGGAUUCCCGGGACAGCGGAGUACCAGCGAUGGGUUCACACGUGUCAGCACGAGUUGCUCUGCAUCUCCGACCUCGCCAAGAACUUCAGCGGCUCUGAGGAGCACGUCAGAUUAGUUCAGCGGAGGAUGAGUCGACUGAGAGACCGGAAGCCGCCGCCACGAGAAUCAGUGUCUCCUCCGGCUGCGACGCUGAAACUCCCUGACAUCAAAGGUUCAGACGUUCAGACGAUCGACUCCACAGAGACACCGACUGCCGUCACCUUCCCCGUCCAUCUCACUCCUGUGAGCUCCUCACCAGACCAGGACCUGGAAGAAACCCAGUCUGAGGAGGAGGUGAAGGUUGAAGAAGAGGAGGAAAAUAAGAAGGUGGAAGAAGAUGAGGAGGAGAAGGUGGAGGUGGAGGAGGAGGAGAAGAAGGUGGAAGAAGAAGAGAAGAAGGUGCAAGAAGUGGAGGAGAAAGAGAAAAAGCUAGAGGAGGAGGUGAAGAAGGUGGAAGAAGAGGAGGAGGAAGAGAAAAAGCUAGAGGAGGAGGUGAAGAAGGUGGAAGAAGAGGAGGAAAAGAAGGUGGAAGAAGAGGAGGAGGAAGAGAAAAAGCUAGAGGAGGAGGUGAAGAAGGUGGAAGAAGAAGAGGAAAAGAAGGUGGAAGAAGAGGAGGAGGAAGAGAAAAAGCUAGAGGAGAAGGUGCAAGAAGACAAGGAGAAAAACGUGGAAGAAAAGGAGGAGAAGGUGGACAAAGAGGAGGAAGAGUGGGUGCAAGAAGGGGAGGAAAAGAAGAAGAUUGAAGAGGAGGUGGAGGAGAAGAAUGAGGAGGAGGACCCGGAGCUUCCUAACGUGGUCCCUGAGAGUCCGCUGCAGCGCGUGCUGGAGUUCAGUAUUGACCUGGUGGAUCCGGGUUACAGAGACCUGCUGGACGACCCGGACUCCCCACAGUACGUGGAUCUGGCUCAUCACCUGCAGGACCAGAUGCAGCACGUCUUUGACAAACUCCCAGGAUUUAAAACCAUCAACGUGCUGCGAAUCAGCGAGACUCAGGACACUGACGGGUCUGGAGGAAUCUCGGUGCUCUACUCUCUCGUCUUUGACGUCACGUCGCCUGAAAUCAACCUGGGGGAGAAUUCGGAGGUGGCGACCAACAGUCCGGAGUUGUCGGCUGACUCCGCCCUCAGGGCGAUGGUGACGGAGGCUUUAAGAGAAGAGGCGUCGCUGCCCAUCGACCUGGACUCGCUGAACUUUGAACCAGAGGUCAGCCUCAUGCCAGCGUUUACCUCCUCAUCUUCAGUAGAAGUAGUGAACGAGUCCAGUGAACCAGACUCUCACAACGAGUUUGAAGUGGUCACCGAGGAGCCGGAGGUGGGCAAACCUCGUCUGCCAGUUCCUCUCAUGCCCCUGGAGAAGGAGAACGCCCUGGUGACCCUGCUGGAUCCCACAGCUCUCCCUGACGAUGGGAUGGCGGUGACAGAGUUUAGGAGUGACGCUCCGCCCGCCACAGAGGAUCUCAUUGAUGAAUCGGAGGCGAUUUAUGUGGGUGAGCCAUCGAGUGAAGGCAGAGAGGAGGAAAAAGAGGAAUCGCUCAUCAUUACACACGAGAUUGAGACCAUUCGUCAUGAUGAAACUGCCGAACUUGUGAGAGAGUACAUCCCGACCCCAGCGGUGAUUCUUCAGCUGGAGACGGAUGCUUCAUAUAUCAGCCUGUCACCUAACCUGAUAUCAGAGGAGGACCUAGUUCCUGUAGACGAGGACAGCCACAGUCCUCGUGUGGAUGUUGAUUUUACUACCACUACUGCAAUUUUAUUAACCACCACAGCCUCAACCAAAGAGGCACUGUCUGGUUUGGGACAAGCUGUCACAACACUCUCUGCCCUCACAGGCCAACCACCCACCGAGUUAACACUCCGUCUUCAAGAAGCUGACGAGGCAAAUGCUCUUCCAGACGAGGAGGGUGUAGAAACUGGAAUUGAACUGCAAGAACCAGAGAGAGAGUUAGAGGUCAAAGCUAAUGAAGGAGUGCUUGAGGUUUUGCAGCCAAAUCCUAAACAACCCGAAAACUUUGAUGCAGAAGAAGCGAAAUUAAAGGUGUCAGAGGAAGUUGGUGCUACGGAGCCGGAAGGAGACCCUGCAGUAGAAUCUCCUCCUAAAGAAGUGUCACCUGAGGUUCCAGACACGGAGGAGAUGGAAGUUGAGGAUUUGACAGAAGGACAGGAAGAAGGAGUUGAGUUUUUGCAACCAGAAGAGGACAUAACUGAAAUUGCAGAAGAAGGUAUAGUUGACAUGUCAAGUCCAACUUCAGAGCCUAUGGAUAUACAACCUGAAGUACCUGAGGAAUUUUUACUGGAGGUCUCCAAUAAUAGGCUACCUGAGGUAGCAGAGAGAACAGUACCUGAGGUAGUAGAGAAAACAGUACCUGAGGUAGCAGAGAGAACAGUACCUGAGGUAGUAGAGGAAACAGUACCUGAGGUAGCAGAGGAAACAGUACCUGAGGUAGUAGAGGAAACAGUACCUGAGGUAGCAGAGGAAACAAUACCUGAGGUAGCAGAGGAAACAAUACCUGAGGUAGCAGAGGAAACUGUAUCCAAGGUAGCAGAAGAAACAAUACCUGAGGUAGUAGAGGAAACAGUACCUGAGGUAGCAGAGAGAACAGUACCUGAGGUGACAGAGAACACAGUACCUGAGGUAGUAGACGAAACAGUACCUGAGGUAGUAGAGGAAACAGUACCUGAGGUAGUAGAGGAAACAGUACCUGGGGAAGUGGAGGAAAUGGUACCUGAGGUAGCAGAGAUAACAGUACCUGAUGUGACAGAGAAAACAGUACCUGAGGUAGUGGAGGAAAUGGUACCUGAGGUAGCAGAGGAAACAAUACCUGAGGUAGCAGAGGAAACGGUAUCCAAGGUAGCAGAAGAAACAAUACCUGAGGUAGUAGAGGAAACAAUACCUGAGGUAGUAGAGGAAACAGUACCUGAGGUAGCAGAAGAAACAAUACCUGAGGUAGUAGAGGAAACAAUACCUGAGGUAGUAGAGGAAACAGUACCUGAGGUAGUAGAGGAAACAAUACCUGAGGUAGUAGAGGAAACAGUACCUGAGGUAGCAGAGGAAACGAUUCCUGAGGUAGCAGAGGAAACGGUACAAGAGGUAGCAGAGGAAACGAUUCCUGAGGUAGCAGAGGAAACAAUACCUAAGGUAGCAGAGGAAACGGUACAUGAGGUAGCAGAGGGAACAAUACCUGAGGUUGCAGAGGAAACAGUACCUGAGGUAGGAGAGGUAAUGGUAACUGAGGUAGCAGAUGAAACGGUACCUGAGGUAGCGGAAGAAACGGUACCUGAGGUAUCGGAGGAAACGGUACCUGAUGUAGUGGAGGAAACGGUACCUGAGGUAUCGGAGGAAACGGUACUUGGUGUAGUGGAGGAAACGGUACCUGAGGUAGCGGAGGAAACGGCACCUGAGGUAGCAGAGAAAAUGGCACCUGAGGUAGCAGAGAAAACGGUACCUGAGGUAGCAGAGAAAACGGUAACUGAGGUAGCAGAGAAAAUGGUACCUGAGCUAGCAGAGGAAACAUUACCUGCAGUAGCAGAGGAACCUGUACCUAAGGUAGGAGAGGAAACAGUAUCUGAGGUCACAGAGGAAACAGUACCUGAGGUAGCAGAGAAAAUUAUACCUGAGGUAGCAGCAGAAACUGUACCUGAGGUAGAAGAAGAACUGGUAACUGAGUUAACAGAGGAGCUGGUAACUGAGUUAACAGAGGAGCUGGUAACUGAGUUAACAGAGGAAAUGGUAACUGAGUUAGCAAAAGAAACUGUAAGGGAGGUUUCUGAGGAAGCAGUAGAAGAUAUUCCUGAUGUUCCAGCACCAGAUGAAGGUGUGGUCGACUCUUUGGAAUCAAAGCAAGAAUUGUUGCCCAAGGGGGAAAACAAAUUUACUGAGGUGACAGAACCAAAAGUUGUCAAGGUUGAGAGUGCAGAACCAGAGAAGGAACAAGAAGUAGUUUCUGAACCUAGUGAUAAAGUGGUAGAAGUUGUGGAACUGGGGAAAGAUUCUGAUGAAACACCAGAGGAGCCAGUUGACAUUUCAGAACCCAAACUACCUUCAGUACUUGAGGAAGAAACCCAGCCACAGGAGAUGGAGGAAAAUCCAGAACCAGAGGAAGAUAUGAUUGAAAUUUCACUGCCAGUUGAAGUUCCUGGGGUUUCAGAGCCAGAAUCAAGUGACACUGUAACAGUUCAAGUUCUAGAAUCAGAAGAGGAGGAUGUUGAUGUACCCGAACAAAAUCCAGAGGAGGAGGUGGUUGAGAUUCUAGAUCCAGAAACAAAGGAAUACAUUACUGAGCCUCCAGCAGAAUCCAUUAAAGUCCUUCGCCCCUUAGAUGGUAGGAAAGGCCUUCACUUUGGUGCUGACACUAUUCAGGUUGUUGAAGAUAAUGAGGUCCUUGAGUAUCAUUUUGAUGUCGAUAAUUUACCUGACGUCCCAGCAGCCAUCCAUCCUUCUAUAGAAGCUGAAAACGAUUCCAGGCCUUCAGUGACCACAGAGGAAGCAGAGGACAAUCUGGAGUUUGAGACAACCUCCAUCACUGCAGAGGUGGCAGCUUCAGAUAGACGAGACACAACAGAGCACAUCAAAGACCAGCCGGAGGCGACACAAGAAAGUGAUUCCUCCCCGGAGAGAGACAUCAGCGCGACAGCACCGCCGGUUUCACACUCCCUCCCUUCACCUCAGGCUACGUCUGCUUCUGAAGUUUCCUCGUCCAGCCCGACUCCAGACUCUGGACUCUUUGAGGUGGCGGAGCGAACUGUGAUCCCCUCCGAGUUUGAUCUCAACGAGUCGGAGCUAAAUGAGACUGCUGUCGUCGUCACAGAUGAAGACUUAGAAGAGACGCAGCAGCAGGGAGGAGGCGAAAGCCAAACCAGCUCUCCGGCGCCGGCUGCUGUCACUGACCAGAAAGACCUGUCCGUCGAGCUGGAGGAAACAGAUGUGGUGACCACUGAGGCAAAUGAGCCACUGCAUGAGGGGAGUGGCUUCAUGGCAGCAGGUGACGACGUCACAACCCCCACUCCGACACUGCGGUACCUGACCACGCCCUCUAUGACCGCAGCGAGCCAUGGCCGGGAGCUGGUGGUGUUCUUCAGCCUGCGAGUCACCAACAUGAACUUCUCUGAGGACCUCUUCAAUAAGACGUCGCCCGAGUACAGAUCCCUGGAGAACACCUUCCUCGACAUGCUGCUGCCGUACCUGCAGGCCAACCUGACGGGCUUCAAGAAACUGGAGAUCCUCAACUUCAGGAAGGGCAGCGUGGUCGUCAACAGCAAGAUGAAGUUCGCCAAGUCUGUGCCGUACAACGUCACCGAGGCUGUCCACGGCGUCCUGGAGGAGUUCUGCUCCGCCGCCGCCAGGAACAUGCACAUCGACAUCGACACGCGCUCCCUGGACAUCGAACCAGCUGACCGAGCAGAUCCCUGUAAGUUCCUGUCGUGUGACGACUUCUCUCGCUGCCAGGUGAAUGUUCGUACACAGGAAGCGGAGUGUGUGUGUGAGCCGGGCUUCCUGUCUAUGGACGCUCAGCCAUGUCAGAGUGUUUGUGUCCUGCAGCCAAACUACUGCAGCACGGGGACAUGUCACAUCGUUCCUGGACACGGUGCCAUCUGCAGACACACACGCCGCUCGUCGGCGCUCGGCCUGACCAGUUAAGAAAAUCUAUGUUGCUGGACGUCGCCUGAGAAUACACGAGGAGGAGACGUGAGGACACAGACUCAGGAAGUGGACGAUGGACUCAAGCAUUUUUCUUUCAGGAUAAAACUCAUUAGCGCUUCAGCUUCACAUCAGAGACAGCGCCCCCUUCAGGGCACCGUGACUCUCAGACCACUACAAACAAACAAACAAACAAACAAACUUGGGAAGAUUUGUCGCAGGAGAAAAGCUCUGCUGAUGAUCAGGUGUUUACUGAUCAACUCUGGUCUGUUUUUUGUUUUUUUUCGUAACAACAUAUUUUCUGUUCUGUUUUACGACUAAACAAGUUUUCUUCUAAUCUACAACAUUUCCUGAUUUUGACUUUUAAAAGGUAAAAGUUUUCUUUAACCUGAUGCUACGUGCUGGUUAGCAUGCAACAAAAUUCAAAGAAAAAGAAUGAAGUAACUAAAUCACUGAAAAACCUAAAAUCAAUAAACUGUGUCGCUGGUGGCUUGCUGGUUAGCAUGCUUACUUGUUUAACCCUCUUGUCAUUAUGGACAAAAAUGUCCAUAAUAGCUGACCAUCAUUUUGAUGACGGUGCAGAAAAAGUUUCUCUCGACAUAUUUUGGAAUUAAAAAAAUUUUUUCCAUUUGAGGACAAAAACGUCCACUUCAAAAACAUUACAGAUUAUAAUUUUGAAGUCAUGUUUUUGAGGGUUUUUGUUUUAGCAUCAUGUGAUCAAACUGGCAUUUAAAGGAUAAAAAUCAUGCUACUUAUUCAGUGUUUGAUCGUUUUGAUCAGGACUGAAGUUGAUCAAAAGAUUUAACCCCCCCAAAAAAACGUUUUUGUUCUAUUUUUAAAGCAGUUUUUGGAAGUGGACAUUUUUGUCCUUAAUGACUUAAAAGCAUAGUAAAUUAAACUUAUGCCUGAGGGUGGAAAUAAAAUAAAAGAAGCUGUAAAACACUUAUUUUUUUAAAGUUAUAUAAAAUCCUUCAUUACCAUAAUUUAGUGUAGGCUUGUAUAACUUUGUGCUAACUAGCUAAUAAGCAUGCUAACUUCAUUAAAGUGUUUGUAAAAGCUUAAAUGGACACGUUUGUCUUAAACUUGUCUUUAUGUUACGUCAUAAAAAUACGAGAAGCAACUUGAUCCUACGGUCAUGUGACUGGCUGGUGGCUAACUGGUUAGCAUGCUGUAACAAAAGCAAAAAAAGAAUUUAAAGACAGGUUAGCUUUAACGUUUUGUAUGGCUAAAUAAUGUUGUGCUAAUGUUAGACUUUUGCUAAUCUGCUGGACACAGACCUAAUGCUUAUGUCAGGGAAGGCGGGGCCUAAUCCUCAGGUUUCUACUCAGUGGUACAGUGUUAGCAUGUUGACGCUAACAAGGAUUAUUAAGUAAGUUUUAGGCUAAAAAAAAAAUCGAUUUAUUGUGUGAAAACCACAAACUCUGGAUUACAAAUGUUCUUCAAAACUCUGUCGUUUCCUUUCCUUGUAAGAUUUUGUUUGAUUACUCGUUAACUGUUAAUGAAGUUUUCAGUCACGCCAGCUGUCGUCAUGAUGACGCACGAGGAGUGACAGUGAAUCAGCUAAUGAAACGUUUUAAAGACUGAAACCUUAUUUUUUCACUGUAAAAUAACUGUGUGUGUGUGUGUGUUAGCACGUGUAAAUACAUCGUUAAGUUUUAGUAAAAAAAUACAAACAG